AAUUCCUAUUAUGUAAGAGGAAAGGGAAGAGAUUGUAGAUGAACUUACUUUAUUGAAAAUAGAGAAAUCUAAAAGAAGAAAAAGAAAAGAAUGGGAAUUAAAAAUGAUGGGAAAAUGCAUAACUUGGUUAAUUUAUGCAUAUGCAGCAGGUAUAAUAACAUCAGGAUUGAAUUACUUUUUGGUAAUUAUAGCUGUUGAAUUAUUAGUUAGAAAAAGGUUUUAAAUAUGAAGGAAUUGUAGAAGAUAGCUGUUAAGAUUUUAAAACAUUAAAAUCAGUGAAUGAUUAAAUAUUCCCUCUAUUAGAUGAAUUGACUGUAAAAAUAACAAAUGAAAUAAUAGUACAAAAAAUACUUUAAGAUUUUCAGAGUUAACUUAGAUAAUGAUUGUCCAUUUUCGAUUGGAGAAUAUAUAUGUACAAGUAAAAAAUGUGUAAUUUGCACUUGUAAUACUACUGAAGUAAGAAUUGAAUAUAUUGAAGAUUCCAUCUAAUUGGUUAUCACCUUCAUCCUCUCCAAUUAAUUACCCAAAAGAUGAUUUUGCAUUUUGGGAUUCGGAGAGAUACCUAAGUAUGAAAAUAGAUGAUUUUUAGCUCCUUCUGAAUGGAUAUGGCAUGUAGAAGAUAUCGAAAAUGAUAAAGGAGUAUAUGUUGACUUGAAAUUAAACCCAGAAGCAUUUACAGGAUAUUAAGGAUAACACAUAUGGGAUGUUAUCUAUAGAGAAAAUUGUUAUUAAGGUUCAUUAAAUGAAAUGUGUAAAGAAAAGAGAGCAUUGAAUAAAUUAGUAUAGGGUUUACAUACUUCAAUUUCAACUUAAUUAAGUGAAUUCUAUGUGGAUUUAACAACAAAUAAAACAUAUCCAAAUUAUCCUUUAUAUUUUGAGAGAGUGGGUAAUCAUCCUGAAAGAAUUAGAAAUUUGUUUUUUUUAUAUUCAGUUCUUUUGAGAUCAGUUAUAUUAGCAUCUGAUGGAAUCUUAAAACAUGAUAUAAAUUCUUAGUCUUUUGAAGAAGAUGGUAGAUCAAAAUAUCUAUUAAAUUAGAUAUUAUCUUUAGGUACUAAUUAAUGUUAAAAGCCUUUUGAUGAAUAACAGUUCUUCAAUUAAAUAACAUUUGUAAUAAAAAAGUUUAUUAUGGUUAGGAUUAAAAGAAAGAUUAUCAAAGAUAUAUUCAUAACAUAAGUAGAAUAAUGGAUUGUGUAGAGUGUUAAAAAUGUAGAGUAUUUGGAAAGAUGUAAACAUAUGGAUUAGGAACAGCAUUAAAAAUUCUAUUUUCUGAAUCUCCAAGUGAAUUUUCAGGUAGAUUGAAAAGAAAUGAGUUGGUUGCAUUAAUUAAUACAUUCGGAAAAGUUUCAAGUUCUGUAAAAUCAAUAGAAUUAAUGUUUGAAAGAAGAAACAAAUUUCAUUAUAAUCUUAUAAUAACAAUAGGAAUCAUAGGGGGAUCAUUUAUAUUAUUUAUGGUGGCAAUUAGAAAAAUCUACUCUUAAAUGGAUAAGAAAAUAUAAAAUAUGUUUAAAGGAAUGCCUUCAGAUAAUGCUUAAAAAGUUAAUAGAGGAACUAAGAGUAAACGCGAUUGAAUUAAAACAUAGAUAGA